UGCUAACAGUCAGUUGUCAGUCAUUAUCGAUCCAACAAGAACGUAAACAAAUUGAGUUUUGGUGAUUUUUUUCCAUUUUUGCCGCAAAUUGCCCGCUAAACAUCAGAUUAUCUGCUUUGGCCGACUCUUUCGACAAACCGAGUGUUUGGAUCGCAACCGGCUGACUUCUCGCUCGAAAAUGAAUAAUUCGUCCCGCAGGAACUUCAAUUUCAAUUCCAACACAAACAACUACAACAAUAAUGAUUCUGGAUCCGGGCCCGACUUUCCAAACAUCCCAUACUACAUGAUGGCGCAAAGUUUGAAUCUGGGUGGCGGCGGCGGAGGCGGCAACAAUGACGAUUUCUCCGACACUCAAUCAUCAAACUUUAACUACAACCGCAAUCAAUACAAUUUUUCCAGAAACAGCUCGCAAUCGUCAAACAGCUAUUCCUCGAGGUCUUAUGGAUACGGAGGGGGGCGGCAGAAUCAGGACUCGUUCCAAUACAGCGCCUCCAUGUCAUCGGACAUGAGUUCAAACGUCCCAUUCACCUAUGCCGAUAAUGCGGAUAACAACAGGCGCAAGAAUCGCGGACAGCAACCGUGGGUCAAGCGGGAUUCCCUGAAGCGCCCUGCUCCGUAUGCCGGUGCCCGUGGUAUGAAUCUCAUGCAGAAAAUGGGCUGGAAUCCGGGACAGGGUCUCGGUCGACACGAGAAUGGCGAGCUGGAACCGCAGUUUCCCGACAUCAAAAUGGAUAAGCGAGGCUUGGAUGCUGGCAAGAUGCUUAAUGUGCCAGUCACCGUGAAAGCGGACGGAGGGAGCAAAAUCCAAAUGGCCACCAUCAAGCUGAUAACGGAGGGCAAGAACCCGCUUUCGAUAUUGGAGGAGUACUGCAGCAAGCGGAAGUUGGGUGCUCCGAAGUAUACUGCCGUGGUCGAUGAGGGUCCCGUCCAUGCCAAGAACUACGUGUUCAAAGUGACCGUGGACGGAGUGGAUUAUACGGCCGACAAGGGCAACAAUGUGAAGAAAACGGCCCGGUUGGAGGCGGCCAGGAAGUGUUUGAACGAGUUGGGAGUUUUCAUGAAGGAAUAGAGGGUGAUGCAAUGCUAUAAGCAUUUACAUUGAAGCUUUGAAUUUUAUGUUUGAUCCACAUCUAAUUUGUAUCAAAUUGAUUGAUAUGUCUGCACUACUACUCGGUAUUCUAUAAAUUUAUAACAAUAAACAAUGAAUAAUAUGAAAGAGUAGAUUUAAGUAUUGUACCUUAUUAAAUAUGCCUUACUUACUUGGUGGGAAUUGCUCAUCAAACCUUGCGGUUCGCCUAGUGUUGCGCUUUACUAGUUUA